GGAAAAAUAAGUUUUUUAAAAAUGUUUAUUGAUCAGAUUCAAGAAGAAAAGAAAGAAAAUCUAAUUUUUUUAAAAAUGUUUAGAUAGAUUAUUAGCAUGAGUGAGAUACAAUUUCCCUCAAAAAAGAAAAAAAAAUUAUAUUCUUAUUUUUUCUAAUGUCCAAGGACAUCUAAGUAAUUUUAAUAUAAAUAACAUGUUUAUUUAAAUAACACAUUUAUUUUCACAUUCCCUCUAUUUGAAGGGAAAUUUUUUAGUCGAUUAAGAGCAUUAGGAAAAUGAAGUUUCUCUUCUAAUCUCCUCAGUUCUUUCUCAAAUUAAUGUCGACAGGAGAAAUUAGAUUUUUCUUUUUCCUUUUCUGGUCUCUUUUCUUUAUUUCCCUUCAAUUCAAACAAAACAACGAGUAAAAUCCAACCUAUAUCAAUUCACGUGAAAGCUUAGAUAGAGUUUCGAUUGUAACAAUGCCAUAUUUCAGACAUUGUUUCUACAGCAGGCCACUUUCUUUAUAUAAAUAAAAAUCUCCUCUGGGCCUUACCAUCAACUGAACAAAAUCUGCUAACUUUUUUUUUCUUGUUUGAUUGUAAUGGCUUUCAAAGCUAGCUUGCUUUUCUUGCUUGCUUGUUUUCUUCUUGCCACUACCAGGGUUAUGUCCAACGUUGAGGUCAUCAUCAUAGAGGCUCCUACCCACUCUCUUGCUCCCCAACGGCAGGCUCCUGCAUCCCAAUAUCAUGCUUUUGCUCCCCUACGUCAUGCUUUCGCUCCUCAACAUCAUGCUCCCCAAUAUCAUGAUUUCGCUCCUCAACAUCCUGCUGCUCCCAUGACACCUAAUGCUCCGCAGAAGGCUCCUUGUCCUUCUCAGAAGGCACCAGCGCCAAAGCAUGCCCCAGCAGAGGCUCUUCAACCUUCAAAGAAUGCUCCAGCCCAUGCUCCUCUCCCAGGCAAAGUUCCCCUAGUCCAUUACAAUGUCCCAUCACAGGAAACUUCUCCAGGGGAUAAGCGGCGCGUGGUAUUUACUCCUACAAUGGAAAGAAUAACCUAAGUACUUCCAUGUUAAUUAGACAAUCACCCACAAUUACACAAGUCAUGGUUUUAUUUUGCAGGCUGUGUCCAUCUCUGCGAACAACGGUGCAAGACCCGUCCUGAGACGAGGCCGUCCAUGAAAGCCUGCAUAGCAUUCUGCAUCAAGUGCAAAAAUUUUUUUCUCCAGGAAUUUCUGGUAACCUGGACAAGCACAAUAACUGGGAUUAUGUCAUUCUCCAUGGCAAAAAGGUUGACUGCCCUUGAAUCAAUUGAAUCCAAACCCUUGUCUCUGUUGAAUCAUAACAAUAAUAAUAAUAACAAUUUACGUUAUCAGAACUGAAUAAUUUCUUUAUUUGUUUGUUCA